AUGGGCCAGGGCCUGCCAACGCUCCUGGUGGCCAUGCUCGGCCGGGAUGAGGAAGCCCUGCUGAGGAAGCACCUGCCGGCCUGGAAGCAGGUGGGCGAUGCCUUCCUCCUCGGCCUGGAUGCACGCACGCAGGACGACUCCGCGGGCGCCGCGAGGUCAGUUCUAGAAGCAAAGCCGCUCCAGGUCUAUCAUUUCGAUUUCGACGGCUUUGGCGCCGCCAAGAGCAGGCUAUUGCAGGAGUCGCACGCACGGUUCCCGGACAUGACGUACGUCUUGCUUGUGGAGCCGGACAUGCGUCCGAAGGUGGAGACCUUCUCGCGCGAGCCGCUGAAAGACAAGGAGCCGGUCUAUGCCAUCCGCCGCGGCGGCAAAGAAUCCCUAGGCGAACGGCUGACGGACUGCGUCUUCCGCAAUGACGGUCGCUGGUACUUUCGGUUCCGGGUCCACGAGACCCCAGUGUACCGGAACUCUGAGAAGCAGGGCCUGCCGGAGCAAAUCAAGGAUACGGGCUGGUCGGUGGUGGAAAUCGAAGGAAGCGCAAGGGACGCGGCCUCGCGUCAGCACAGGAUACGAGAAGAGCUGCGGCUUGUGCGGCUGGAUCUCCAAGAUCAUCCCGGGCACCCGCGGCUGCUGUACUACCUGGGCGUCUUGCAAUAUGACCUUGCAGUGGAGAUCAAGGCAGCAGGCGCUACGAGCCUGGAGGACGUCCGGGAGCUGGCGACCAAG